AUGGUGAAAUCCAAGAAAGCAUCUUCUCCCCAUUCUGCAGUAACCUCAAUGCCUUCUUCCCAAGAAGUUGCACUUCGUGUGGCUUCUUGCAAUCUUCGGGCAGACCUUUGCCUGGAGACGUUUGACCCUACUCUCCAUAUAAUGAUUGAGUUUUUAAAGAGUCAUCCUAUUCAUAAACCCUUAACUAAAUCAGUCAAGUUUCCUUUAAGCAUCAUUCAUAUGGCAUACUGCACUGCUGUUUAUAACUCUAAGGAAGAGUACAUUGAGUUCAACAUCAGUAAAGAUCACACUACGAAACUCUGUAAGGCUGAGUUCCUGAAAGCCAUUGGCCUUCCAGAGAGCAAGGAAAAAAAGACGUUAUAUGAACCCACAAACGAAGAACUCUUUGAUGUAUUUGAUCAAAUGGGUUAUUUACCUCCAAGGCUUGAAAUGACCCCAAACUUCAAGAAAGGUAAGCUUCCAGCCAUGUGGCAAUUUCUGGUGCACAUCAUUUUGCGAUGCCUUACAGGAAAGACUGGAGGAACUGACACACUAAGUAGGGUUUUACUUGUCUUUCUUUUUGGUCUUUACACUGGGAAAGAAGUGGACUUUGGAACCACUAUCUGGAAGGAUUUUGCUAGUUAUGUGUUUCCAAAGAAGAAGGAUAUUCCCUGUGCAAGGUUUUGGGCACUUGCACUCCAAAGGGGUUACAAGAAGCUGAAGUUCCCAUUACCUGAAGGAGACGAGAUGUUCUCUCCUCGCGCCUUAUCAAGGUAUGCUAUCCCAGAUCAAUCUGAAUUUGGGAAGGUUGCUCGUCUUCCCGAAGCAAUGCUUCAGUUUAUUGAAAAGAAUUCCAAAGUUCUCAUCAGACAUAUAAAGGAAACGGGUCCUCCAGAACCUGAACGCCCUACCCAAUCCUCACAACAUACUCCCAGUCCUACAAAACAAAAGAAAAAUGCCUUGAAAGUAAAGAAGACUACUGGUAAAAGAAAAGGCGAGGCCAUUCCUGCCCCUCAAGCCAAAAGAAAACCCCCAAAAUCCAUCCCAACCUCUCAAAAGGUGAAUGAUGUUGAAAAAAGAUCUACCGUUGGGUCACAAUCUCCCAUCUCUUCAUCCUCUCAAGAAGAUAACGUCUCACAAAAACAUUGGGAUAUAACACAUACACAACCCCUUUACUCUCACAAUGACAAUGGGGGUGUUGAAAAAAGUCAAGAUCAUCCCCCAGGGACACACUCACAUAUCAAAGAUCAAGGACCCCGAGGAAGACCAGCACACCGAUCCUUGCAAAAUGGGGGCUUUGGAGCAGCUAAUGGUGAGGCAGAGGUGAGAACAUCAGAGAAUGAGAGUGUAAGGCAAACACGAGAGCAGAGUGAAAGAAAAAUGUUAAGUGAGGCUGAGUCAAAGAAAGAAAAGGAGCGAAAGGAAUUAGUGAGAAUGUUGUGGGAGGAGCAACAAAAGAGGGAGGAGGAAGAGUGGGCCCGGACUUCUGCCAAACUUCUUGAGCAGGCCAUGUCUUUGGGGGCCUUUACAAAUACUGGUGAGGAAUAUGCUGAAGACAUGGAAGAGGAGUUAAUGUUCACUAUGGAUGAUGGACUCAUCCAAGACUCUGAAUCACCAUCCAUCACAGAGCCAGUCAAACCUUGUAACUCUAAAGUAUUCUUGGGAACUUCGGACACAGAAAGUGAACAUAUUGAGGAAGUUCCCAAUGGAGAGAUCAACACUCUUCCUACUAAAUGGAAGAAGAAGAAGUCCAAAUCUAUCUCCAGGGUGGGAUAUAAUUCCCUCAACCAGAAGCUAUCUGAGGUUCUAGAGGCUGUGAAGAAUAUCCCUCAAUCUGAGGAGGAAUUUGUCAGCAAGGAAGAGUUUGGGGAAAUGCAAAAGAUUGUGACAUCUUUAGCUCAGAGUGUUCCUAAUCUUGAGGCAAGGGAAGAGACUCUUUGGGAAUCAAUUGUAAACUCUACUGUGGAUGCUUUGAGGGACAUGGAGCAGAAGAGGAAUGCUGACACUUUUAAAUAUUUAGAUCAAAUGGAUGAGAUGGAGAAAACAGUGAAGGAAAUUCAACAGUCGUAUGAUGACCUCACCAACACCAUGGGCCACCAACAUGGAGAUGAGAUUGUCCGUAUAAGUGAGCAGCUCUGUGACUAUCGCAACAAAAAUAUAAUUCUUCAGGCUGUUUUGGUUAAAGUAAUGCAGUUUGCACAGCAACUGCCAAGACCCUGCAACGUAAGAUUUGAUGAAGUCCACUUUGCCAUGCAGAAAGUUCAAAAUUCUGUGGAUAUACUUCCAAAGACUCUAUGCAAUGAUGAGCUAAGCAAACAGGUUCAACAAUCGUUCUUAAAAGUGUUUGAGCUUAUAGAGGACUUAAAAGGUUCAAGGGUCGAGGAUGAAGCUGGAUUUUCCUCAACAAAAUGGGGAGAAGAUAAUAACGUGGUGAUAACAGAAACUUCUGAGGAAACACAUCCUCCUCCUCCUCCUCAGAUAGAUGAGGUAUCCAAACCUCGACCACCUUCAAAGAUCACAAUUCCUGAAACGAGUCUUUUGAAGACCUUUCCAGUGUCUGAGGAAGAGAAGAAGCAAACGGAGUUGGAACAUGAACUCCUUGCCAAGCAGAUACCUGAGGAUCAGCAACAUGCUUUAUCCCCUUUGGUCUAUGUUAUCAGACAAUUGAGGGAUAAUGAGCUUGUGCCCAAACAAACUACGGCUCCUCACUCCUCCGAUGAAUAUCAGUGGGAUAUACCCAUGUCUCCAUAUGCACGCUAUUAUUCAGUUUUCCCACCACUACAUCCACACCUCUCAAGGGAAAUGCAAAUCCCAAUUGAGCUGAACCGACUAGAGGAGUUUUUCAAGGCUCAUGCUCAGCCCCCAAAAGAUGUAUGGUCUCUCCGGAGGAUCAUAAGAGUUGUGGGAUGUAAGAAGAAGUCUUUUCAGAAGGAAGACUACUUCAGUUUCGAAGUGAUGCGAAGCGAUAACAAAAAAUAUUUCUUCUCUGAAGCCGAUUUUCCUAACCUCAAUCCUAACGACUUAUACGUGAUUGCCAAACACUUCCAGACCAAACUCCUCACUCAUCAACCUUCCCGAUUUCCCUUUCUCCAAAUCCAGAGAUUUCUAAGGUCUCUGACCUAUGAUCUUGGCAGCAUUGAUGCAGAACGGUUUGAUAGCUUUGUGGAUAAUCCACCCGAAGAGAUGAACCAAUAUCUUGAAGGAAUUGAAAACAGACAUCGAGGACCUACCGAGGAUCCUGAACUGGGGAUAAUCUUCUCUAAUGAAAAGGAUAGUCCGAGGCUCUUUUUUAGAUUAAAACAGAAGCAUCGAUGCACAACAGAGUUCCUUGAAAAGAUGAUAAAUCUUACCUUAAGACCUCGUGAAAAACAAGAUCUGAACAUGAAUGUCUUUUUUGCAUUGAAAACUCUCGGCUUGCUGAGAUCGGAAGAUAUUGAACAUGAUAUCCUUCCCAAAAAACCACAACAUUAUGUUCUUCUCACAAAUUACUGUAUGGAUGUAAUUGAUAAGGAAAAACUGCAAAGGAUCAUCAUGUUUUGAAAAUGAGGAAAGUCGCAGGUUGCAAUCAAGAAGAUGAAGAGAAAUGUAUUAUGUAUGAAAUUGCACGAAGUUAAGUCCCUGUGGAAAUUUGAAUCAUCUCAACAUCAUAAAGCUCAAG